UGCGGAGGCAGACUGGACGUGAACACAGCUGCGGCUGCUGCACCCCGGUGCGACGCGUGGGAAGACCGGCAGGGCCCCCAGAGGGCUGCUGCGGCUGCGGAGGGAGCCCCUUUGGCCAGCAGACCUGUUCCACGGAGGGCGGCCAGAGCCGCUGUGCACUCAUCCUCUGUGCCGCUGAGCCUAAACCUAUACACUAAAAUAACAGCCGUCUCCCCUGCCCCGUACGCCCCGCUCGGCCCCGCAACUCAUUUCUGAGUUGCAAAUGGCGCCCGUUUAAAGCUCUCGCCAUAGGCGGGCUCUGCGGGGCCGCUCCCGAUCCGUGUCCCGGGCCGGCCGGGGCGGUCCGCUCCCGCCCAGCCAGGCCCAGCGCUGCUCCGCUGCGCCCAGGGACGGGAUGGUGGAGGCCUGGUACAUGGACGAGUCCCAGGAGGACCAGCGGGCACCCCACCGCCUGCGGCCCAACUGCGCCGUCAGCCUGGAGCAGCUGCGCCGCCUCGGCGUCGUCUACCGCAAGUUGGAUGCUGAUAACUAUGAGACUGAUCCGUGUCUGAAAGAGAUUCGGAGAGCAGAAAAUUAUUCUUGGAUGGAUAUAAUAACUAUACAUAAAGACAAGCUUCCCAAUUACGAGGACAAGAUAAAAACAUUUUAUGAAGAACAUUUACACCUAGACGAUGAAAUUCGCUACAUCUUAGAUGGAUCUGGUUAUUUUGAUGUUCGAGACAAGGAUGACAAAUGGAUCCGGAUUUCUAUGGAAAAAGGAGACAUGAUAACCCUUCCUGCUGGCAUAUAUCACCGAUUCACACUGGAUGAGAAUAAUUACGUGAAGGCAAUGAGGCUAUUUGUUGGAGAACCCGUCUGGACAGCAUACAACAGGCCAGCUGAUGAUUUUCCUGCACGGAAACAGUAUAUGAAGUUUUUGGGUGAAGAAGCACAAUAACGGUGCCUGAGACCUGACAGGUGGAACAGCCUGGAGCCCUGUGAAUUUAAAUGCGACUGGUGGCUUUUCACUGAUUAUACACUUCUUCUGUAUACUUAUAUACAUAGAAUAGCAGAAUAAUAGAAGAUUUUAGGUUGAAAGGUCAUUUGGAGGUCAUCUGGUCCAAGCCAACUUCAAAGCUAGACCAAGUAGCUCAAGACCUAGAGGUUUGGAAACUUCCGGUGGUGGAGGUUCCACAGCCUGCCUGGGUGCCCAUUCCAGCAUUUAACUGCUCUUCUGGGCAAGUAUUUAUUCUUCAUGGACAACUCUCUGAUUGCAACUUGUGAUUGUUGUGUCUUGCCCUUUCAUUGAAUGCUGGAGAACAGUCUGAGUUCUCUGCAGUGCCUUCUCUAGUGGGAAACUGUAGUUAGGUCUCCUCUCAGCCUUCCCUUCUCCAGGAGAGACAAAACCAGUGCCCUUAGCUGGGCUCUCUACACCCUAAAUUGUUAAGGAAGAUGAUCAACACACUUUGCCGUGAUUUUGACUACUGAGGAAUGCCACUUGAAUGCCACCUGAUGGUUAGACUUGAACCACUGACUGUUUAGAGGCUGCCCGUCCAGAUGUUUUUCACCCACAUUGUAGUUCAUAUCCUCCAUCCAGCUGCAAGGCUACCAUGGAACAGGCUGUUGAAAGCCUUGCUGUGGUCAAGAUGAAUGAAAUUCAUUUCCCUUCCACCACAGAGCCAGUCAUGGGUCGUGGCCUCUUGGAUGGCAGUCAGGAUGUUCAGGCAGAAUGUGCCCUUGUUAAAUUGGCAUUGACUGGUUGUUGCCCAUCACCUGGUAUUUCAUGUGCCUGGAACAGCUUCCAUAAUGGCUUAUUCUUCAAUUUGUACGAGGACUGAUGUGAGGCUGACCAGCCUGUAGCUCUCCAAACCUUUUUCUCACCUUUUUGAAGGUGGCUGUACAUUUGUCUUUCUGGUCAAAAAAGAUUUCCCUGAUCACUGUGACCUUUCAACAAUGCCAGCAGCCUUUCAGUGACUUUAGCCAGUUGCAUUUAAAAUUGCUCAGGGAUCCAUUUUCUAACCUUUUUUUUCCUUGAUAUUUCUGGCAGGUGGAAUUGGGAGAGGUAAGGUACAUUAGUAUGGAUUCAGAACAGAAUGAAUAUUAAUGAACUAUGUAGGAUUCUGUUUUUAAUUAAAGAAAAUAAACCUUGCUUCAUUCUUGUCUAAAAACGUAAGAUAAAUUUGUAUAACCAGCAUUUUUGUAUGCAGCUUCCCUAAUUCUGCCCUCCUGCAUAAAGCUGGGGUUUUCUCUCAGUAACAUGUAGCAAUUUGCUCUUCACAAUAAAUUCACUUGGGUAUGC